CCGGCUUGCGUCUUAUAGAACGCAGACGCAAAAGCCAAAAGGUCAGUCAAUUUGAGAGAGAAUGGCGUCGACGAUUGUGAGAUCCAGCAUCCGCUCCGCCCUCCGCGGUGGCGUUUCUCGCCGGGCUCCGGCUUCUAAGCGUAGCUUUUCUUCCUCCGCCCAUCAUGACGAGGCCGCCGAAGCUUCAAAGUGGGAGAAAAUCACCUAUGCUGGAAUAGUCGCGUGUACUAUCCUGGCAGCUGUUAAUCUUUCCAAGGGUCAUCCCCACUUCGAGGAACCCCCUGCAUAUCCAUACAUGCACAUUCGCAAUAAGGAGUUUCCAUGGGGUCCAGAUGGCCUUUUUGAGGUAAAGCACCAUUGAUUGUUGCAGACAUCUCUGAGAAGACUCUAGGAAUAAUUUGAUCAAUGAACGAUGUUAAUUUUUUUAUCCUCUUUCUUCAUCUAUGCUGAGGCUUCAGAUCUACUUUCAUGAUUUCAUUGAAUCUCUUUUGCACUUCGACCCUGAAUCAAGAACCUAUUGCCUCAUUUUGAGGUUGGGAAUGCAAUUUCAU